AUGGCCAAAUUCACUGAAGACCCGCUCUUGGACCUGGCGGUUAAAGAGCGGAAUAUAUUUGAUUUCCUCUUGCGUUCUUUGAUAAUUACUGGUAUCAUUACGACUAUGUCUGAAUCUUUGAUCGGUCACCAGAACCAUCUUGACCUAGAAAGUUACAUCGCCACCUACCAAGGUCAUACGCGUAUUGCUCGAGCUUUGUUUAUUGCCGCCAAAUGUCCUAGUCUCGAGAUUGAUGCUUACCGACUCGCAUUGUCUGAUAUCAAGGAGAUUACAAAUGAUACAACCAAAUAUCUUCAUUGCGUCGACGAAUUGAACAAUGCCUUGAAAAAACAAAACUCUCAUCCGAUGGAGAUUGAUACCGAAUGGGUGAAAUCCACUCAAAUUAGCAAUAAGAAAACAAUGGAACAGCUUCAGUCCGAGCUUAGAACAUACAAAGCUGGACUGAUUAGCGAGAGCAUUCGAGUUACCCAGACUCGUAUGGGCGAUUUUUACUAUGCAUGCGGUGAUAUCCCAAACGCGUUGAAAAGCUAUCAUCGAGUACGAGAGCACUGCGCGUCCAAUAAGCAUGUUAUUGAAAUGUGCUUUAAUGUCAUAAAGGCAAAUAUAACGGCCAACAACUUUGCUAGUGUCCGCACAUACAUUGCACGCGCUGAAACAACCCCAGAUUUGCCAAAUAAGACUAUUACACUUGCCAAACUCAAAUGUUGUAACGCACUUUUCCUUUUGUCAGCCGAAGAAGACGCCAAAUACGGCACAGUCGCCAAGGCUUUGACUGAAAUCCCAGCAGAAGCAAAUGGGUCAUUUAGCGAUAUUAUAUCACCCAACGAUGUAGCUAUAUAUGGUGGUCUAUGCGCUCUUGCAUCUUUUGACAGAAGCCAAUUGAGAUCCCUGAUGGUAAACCAGGGAUUUAGAAGUUAUCUUGAGCUAGAACCUCAGAUCCGUGAUAUUAUCGAGGCCUUCCAGGAUUCUAAAUAUUCUGCUUGCUUUGAUCUUUUGAGCAGUUACCGGAAUGAUUUGUUGCUAGAUAUGUAUUUGAAUCCGCAUGUCGAUAUACUCUUUGGUCACAUAAAAGAAAAGGCCAUGGUCCAAUACUGUGCACCAUAUUCGACUGUAGACAUGCGUCGGAUGGCGAACAUAUUCAAGAUGAGUGUUGACAGUCUUGAAGAUGAUCUGGUCUCUCUCAUUGGGGACAGCGACAGAAUAUCAGCUCGUAUCGACAGUUACGAGAAGAUCCUUUAUACAGUCCGUCCUGAAUCUCGUAAUCAGGCUUUUAAGCGCUCGCUACGAGCUGGAAAAGAGUAUGAAAGGUCAACAAAGGCUCUAAUGCUUCAUCUGAAUCUUGUCAGCAAAGAAUUGUGCUCAGGAGGGGCCGAAAGUAGUAUUAAUUAG